AUGUCAUCCUCUCAAGAUUCGAGUGCCAAUAAGUACUCACGAGCAAUACAUAUUUCCGACCAUACUGGUGAGAAGCUACAGCUUCACCUGUCUAUUGAAGAGGCAAACCCUCCCAAUACUCAAACUUCUACGGCCGACGGGAACAACGCCAGCCGACUUGAAGCUUCAUCCUCCAACGACCUUCGUCAACCAUUUGACAUGACGAAGUUACCACUACCUACCGCCACCGAAGAAAUGAAACAUCACACAACUACACUCACCGAACGGGAGUUUUCGCAGCCACCAUCACCAUCAGCCAAUCCAGCCGCACCGCGGCUCCAGAAAGAAUCCGUGCAGAUAUUUAAAGAAACGGGAUCCGAGUCUCGAAAAAACUGGAGAAGAAAGGUACUCGAGUACCGUUAG